CGGAAGAUCCUCGGUCACAGUUGGCAGCAACAAUCUCCGGGAGAAAGGAAACUGCUCUCCGCGGCUCUUCCCUUCUCUUCUUCGCAAACCAAAGCGGGAAUAUGAACACCCAGGCAGAACAGGGAGACGAGGAUUUUGAUUUUCAGGUCGGUUGGUCGCCGUCGCUCCAGUCGCCCCACUGGAUGAGCGCCGCCGCCGUUCGCCCACCCAUCGCAGGAACCCCCCUCUCCCAAUCGCCCCCAAAUCCUUCCCGCCCUACCGUCGCAACCAAGGCGUCGUUCUCCCUGGAUGAACAUCGCCCAGCUCCCCCGUCGCAGCCAAGCCGCCGUUCGCCCUGGAAUUCCGAGUUCAGUCGCUGCGGCUGCUGCGGAGCGAAGGUGAGGAGCGAAGGUCGACGUUCUCCCAGAUAUAGGAAGACGGACCGGCGCCGUUGAGGAGGAAGGAGGAUGAAGCAGAGUGGUCGUCGACGGCAUAGGAAGGGAUACCGGCCUGUCCUGACUCCUCAGGCGGGUUGCGGGUCGGGUAGCGAAGAACCCAUUAAUGGCCGGACCAGCUUUAUGUCCGGUUCGGUUUUGGUUGUUUCAAUAAGUGAUUUAGAUAGAA